AUUAUUUAUUGACUAUCAAAGGGCGUAGGAUUGGGGUAUACUGGAAUUGGAACAGUGAAGAAUUUUCCAAAUUUUGAUUCCAAAGAUUAGUGUACGAAAUAGAGUAGGAAUGGAGUAAUGCCAUUUUAUGGGUUUAGAGAGAGAAAGGGAAACAUUGCACUGGCGAAGCGCUUAGACUUUCAGUUGAUUGAGCUGUGAUUUGGGUGGGGAGCAUCGGAUUAUUAUGUGAAGACUGAAGACGAAGCCCUAGCAAUCAUGUUCACAGAAGGUCUUGACAAGAAUGCAGUUCGAUGGGUCAGGGAGAAGGAGCUUUCACACUCGAUUUCGAACCCGAUUCAUCGGAUAGAUCCGGUUCGAGGUGCGGGUCGGGGGUUCGGGCUGCCACCGCCAUCUAAAUUCCGGAGUGGGCACUUGCCAUCGAGGACAAUUCCGGUGUCCAGAACUAUUCCUGGUGAUAAUGAUGAUAUUGAGUCAGGCUCAGACAAUGACAAUGAUCUAACCACAGAUUCGGAAGAGGAGGUUUAUGGUGGAAGGUACUCUCUGGAUUCAUCGCCACCAGAUAACAAGAUUCCGAGCAAUGCUGCUCAUGGAUAUGGGAAGCCCUCACAAGGUCAGCCGCGUUAUGCAAGCGAUUCCAUGUAUUCAGAUGUUAGUUCUUCAAUUGAUGUUAGUUCUUCAAUGGAGACUGUGGGGCGAGGGUAUGGGAAUGUGGCUGAGAGAUUGCUAAGGGGAAAUGGAAGGUACCCAGUUGCGCAGAAUGGUAAUGGUUUCACGGAGGAUGAGUCAUCAGAUUCUGCCGCUAGUUCAGAAUUUUCAACAACUCAAGUGGGGAGCAUUAAUGGUGGUUUGCCUCGGAGAGGAUCGUAUGCUUCUGAGGGAUACACAUCCAGUGUUCCUUCCUGGGUGAAUGCAGGAAGGGCCACCAAAAAGGAUUCACAUGCCAAAACCCUGCCAAAAGAGAGUUUUUCUGAUGGUGAUGACGAUGUUCCCAGUGCACCUCCCUUCUGUGGUUCAGGUCAGAAAAUUAACGAAAGUGCCAAGCAAGUUUCACCCUCUGGAGAACAGAGCAAACCUUGUGCAGCAGGUUCACAUGGGUUCUCAACUAAAAAUGGGCCAGAUACAUUAAGAAGUGUGCCUGGAUUUAAUUCAGAGGAUAAAACUGGAAUGGGGAUUCCUGACAAGUUUGUGAGAACUACUGCUAGUGCUGAAGCUGAUGUGCCUUCUAGUUCUCACCCUGCUCGCCUCCCUACAUUUCAUUGCUCAGGGGCAUGGCAUGCCGUGAUCGCAUAUGAUGCAUGUGUACGACUUUGCCUUCAUGCUUGGGCAGGGGGGUGCAUGGAUGCUCCCAUGUUUCUGGAAAGUGAAUGUGCUCUGUUGCGAAAUGCAUUUGGUUUGCAGCAAGUGUUAUUACAAUCAGAGGAGGAACUAUUGGUGAAGCGCUCUUCAGAACUUGCUAGUGAGGGAACUGUACCAAAACCUAAGAAAAUUAUUGGGAAGAUGAAGGUGCAAGUUCGUAAGGUGAAAAUGUCCCUGGACCCACCCAGUGGCUGCAGCAUGUCAUCUUUAAGGGCACCAACGAUAAAACUGGAAUCACUCCGAUAUCGAUUAUCCAAUUUGCGGUCAACAUUCUCUUCUGGAUGGCAAGCACUUCGGAGGAUUCAUGUUGUGGCUCGUAUACCUGCAAAUGGUUCUUUCUCAAGAAAGAGCUUGGCAUAUGUGCAUGCCAGUAGUCAGUAUAUAAAACAGGUGUCUGGGCUCCUGAAAACUGGUGUAACAACUCUACGCAGCAGUCCAUCAUCUUACGAAGGUGUACAAGAAACAUACUCUUGUAUGUUGAGAUUGAAAAGUUCAGCUGAAGAGGAGGCCAUCCGAAUGCUACCUGGAUCUGGUGAAACCCAUGUCUUCUUUCCAGAUAGUCUAGGAGAUGAUCUGAUCCUUGAAGUUAAGGACUCCAAGGGGAAGCAUUUUGGUCGUGUCCUUGCUCAAGUGGCUACUAUUGCUGAAGAUCCAGGUGACAAACUACGUUGGUGGUCUAUUUAUCAUGAGCCAGAGCAUGAACUUGUUGGGAAAAUACAACUCUACAUAAAUUAUUCAACAAGUUUGGAUGAAAAUAACCUUAAGUGUGGCUCUGUAGCCGAAACUGUGGCAUAUGACCUGGUACUUGAAGUUGCCAUGAAAAUUCAGCAUUUUCAACAGAGAAAUUUAUUAAUCCAUGCCUGGAAGUGGUUACUGACCGAGUUUGCAUCAUAUUAUGGUGUUUCUGAUGUAUACACCAAGCUGAGGUAUUUAUCUUAUGUCAUGGAUGUGGCUACACCUACAGCUGAUUGUCUGACCUUAGUAUAUGAUUUGUUGUUGCCUGUCAUCAUGAAGGGCCACAGUAAGAGUACAUUGAGUCAUCAAGAGAACCGAAUCUUAGGAGAAAUCAAGGAUCAAACUGAACAGAUCCUUGCACUAGUUUUUGAGAAUUAUAAGUCACUUGAUGAGUCAUCUGCUUCUGGGAUUAUAGAUGCUUUCAGGCCAGCAACUGGGCUUGCUGCUCCUGUGUUGGAACCUGCUGUAAAGCUGUACACACUUCUUCAUGACAUCUUAUCUCCUGAAGUACAAAAUCAUCUAUGCCACUAUUUCCAGGCUGCUGCAAAGAAAAGAUCAAGAAGGCACUUGGCUGAGACUGACGUUGUUUCCAACAAUAGUGAAGGCAGUAUACUUGAUGCACUUACAGUUUCCAUUGCCUACCAGAAGAUGAAAUCUCUUUGCUUGAACAUUCGAAAUGAAAUUUACACUGAUAUAGAGAUCCACAACCAACAUAUACUUCCCAGUUUUAUAGACCUUCCAAAUCUGUCUUCAUCCAUAUAUAGCACAGAGCUUUCCAGUAGAUUGCGAGCCUUUCUCAUUUCAUGCCCUCCACCAGGCCCUUCACCUCCUGUAACAGAACUUGUCAUCGCAACAGCAGAUUUUCAGAGGGAUCUUGCGAGCUGGAACAUAAAUCCUAUCAAAGGUGGAGUUGAUGCUAAAGAGUUGUUCCACUUGUAUAUUGUCAUCUGGAUUCAAGAUAAGCGCCUCUAUUUGCUUGAAUCAUGCAAAUUAGACAAGGUAAAAUGGUCAGGGGUCAGAACUCAACAUUCUACUACUCCUUUUGUUGAUGAUAUGUAUGAUCGAGUGAAAGAGACUCUGAACGAUUAUGAAGUCAUCAUUUCUCGGUGGCCAGAAUAUACCUUCGUUUUGGAGAAUGCUAUUGCUGAUGUGGAGAAGUCAAUAGUGGAUGCUUUAGAGAAGCAGUAUGCAGAUGUUUUACUGCCGUUGAAGGAAAAUUUGGCACCUAAGAAAUUUGGCCUUAAAUAUGUUCAAAAGCUUGCUAAACGAUCUGUGUGUCAGUACAUUGUCCCUGAUGAGCUUGGAAUUCUUUUGAAUUCCAUGAAGAGGAUGCUCGAUGUAUUGCGCCCCAAGAUAGAAACUCAGAUCAAGUCAUGGGGUUCUUGUAUCCCUGAUGGUGGAAAUACAGCACCUGGAGAGCGCCUCAGUGAAGUAACAGUGAUGCUAAGAGCCAAGUUUAGAAACUACCUGCAAGCGGUUGUGGAAAAACUUGCUGAGAAUACAAGGUUGCAGAGUGCUACAAAAUUGAAAAAGAUACUCCAGGAAUCAAAGGAAACUGUGGGUGAAUCAGAUGUACGAAGUAGAAUGCAACCACUGAAAGACAUGCUGAUUGAAACAAUAAAUCACCUUCAUACGGUCUUAGAGACUCAUGUCUUUAUUGCAACAUGUCGGGGCUAUUGGGACCGAAUGGGACAAGACAUUUUAAGUUUCUUGGAGAACAGGAAGGAAAAUAGAUCUUGGUAUAAAGGUUCACGGGUUGCAGUAUCGAUUCUGGAUGACAUCUUUGGAUCACAGCUGCAGCAGCUGCUGGGUAAUGCACUGCAAGAGAAGGAUGUAGAGCCACCAAGAUCUAUUAUGGAAGUGCGGUCAAUGCUGUGCAAGGAUGUUCCGAAUCACAAGGACAACACUUACUAUUAUUAGGCCAGAUGAUGGUGUGUAAAUAUGGAUGGGAGAAGAGGAUAAAUGAUAAAAUAGAAGGAGCACAAGAAAGCUGGGAGAUGGAAUCGGAUGGUCUUAUUCUUAUUUGCCAUCCAAACUGCGGGCGCAGCCAGUUUUGUAAAGGGAGCAAUUGACUUGGCUGCUCCACAUUCACAGGGCUGGGCUCUCUAAGAGGGUUUUCAUUUUUAUAUGAUAUAGAACACUGGGAAUAUUCCCAUAUCUUUAUAGUACCGUAUAUAUUAGAUAAUAGGUUUGCUUUCUCAAUUUUGUUCGACCUUUCUGUUAUACUCAGUGCCACCAAACGUUCUUACAGAUAACUAGACAAAUGCUAAUAGCAAAGUGAAUUAAUUGAUCACAAAGCAUGUGCAUGUGUUUUUGCUGGUUAUUGCCA